AUGUCAAACCAUCCACAACAAUCUGCAACGAAAUCAUCCUUUAUAACUCAAUCAACCAAUUCAAAAACAAAUAACGAUCAAGCCAUCUUAGAUUACUUGAACAGACGAGGUUUCACAAAAGCAGAACAAGCAUUAAAACAUGAAUUACAAUCUAUUCAACUUUCUGCUUCACAACCAAUACCUAAAUCAAAAACGGUAGGAUUAGAUGAAUUUGCAGAUAAGAAUGCUAAUUUAAAUCCAUCGGAUCAUCAUCAAAAGAAAAAAGAAGGAGUAGGUAAAAGUUUAAUUAAACAUCCUUCUGAAUUUGCUAAAGGUUAUGAAGGAUUACGGGAUUUUAUUAAUCAUUCACUUGAUAUACAUCGACCUGCAUUCAUGCCAUUUUUACUACCACUCUUUGUCCAUUCUUAUUUGGAAUUGGUUUUAGAUGGUCGAAGAGAUGCGGCUGAUGAGUUCUUACAUCGGUUCUCGCCUGAUCAUGUAGCCAGUCAACCUACUCUUAUUCAACAACUCGCAUCUCUCAGACAUCCAUAUCAUCUUCAAGAAUCUGAAAUUGCUCAAAGAUGGAGAUCAGAACGAUAUGUGAUCAGGAUUAGUGAACGAGCCAAGAACUUAUUGAUGGCAUGGCUUCAAACUGAAUCAAUCGGUGGUGAUACUGAUGAGAGUCGAGCCAAAGAUCGAAUGACGAGUAUGAUCAAUGAACGCGUUCGAGUUGAAUAUACGAGCGCGUCUAUCCUAAGUCAAUUUCAAUCUGGUCUGGAAUCUGACCUAGCACAUCCACCCGAACAUCAAACACAUCAUACCUCAUCAAAUGAUACCUCAAAAGAACCUCAACCACUCAAAUUAGGUCCAGCACCAAAAGAUCCAAAGCUAAUGCGUGAAGUUGAACGAUUCUUUACUAUGGAAGAUCAAAAAAAGUCGAAUUCGAUCGAUAACUCAGAUUCAAAUCAAAUUAAAGAUACCAACAAUGGAGAUGUGACCAUGACUGAUGGAACCAAACAACCAGGUCCAGAGCCCACCAACACCACUACGAAUCCUACGGCUACUACCACAACGGUUCCUUCUAUAAACCCUCCAGCAGCUUCAACGACAAUAGAAAGUGACGAAGUUCAGAAGAAGAUGAUCGAACCAACCAAACAUGAUUUACUUCCUUACCCAAUUCAUUUUCGAACACUUGAUCUUAAAAGAGAAGUCGAAUUGGUAAGAGAAGCUCGUAAACGGAUUCGGCUUGGUCCUGAAGCUUUUAAUUCGGAUGGACAACCUAAUAAUCAAAAAAAGACUGAAACUGAGGUUUGGAAACCUAGUGUAUGCGCCUUUACAAUUCAUGAUGCAGGUCAAACGAUGACAGCUGCUCAAUUUUCAGAUGAUGUUACGAUUUUGGGAGCUGGAUUCUCAGAUAGUUCGAUCAAACUUUGGAAUCUCAAAGGUGAACCGUUUGAACCGAUACGUGAUGAUGGUACACUUGAUUCGACUAGUGUCAAUGAAUCUGAAUCCGUUAGAAGAAUGCGCAAGAAGACAGCUACAAACUCGAUCAAAUUAAUAGGACAUUCAGGACCAGUUUACUCAUUAUCAUUUGAUCCAAUCCCAGGUCCAUCAGCCCCACCAAGACAUCUAAUCUCAUCAUCACAAGAUUCUACAAUCAGAUUAUGGUCAUUAGAUCUUUUUAAGAACUUGGUGGUUUAUAGAGGUCAUCGAGAACCAGUUUGGGAUGUCGAAUGGGGUCCUAAAGGAAUCUACUUUGCUAGCGCUAGUAGGGAUCGGACGGCUAGACUAUGGUGUUGUGAAAGAGUUAAUGCGGUGAGGAUGUUUGUUGGGCAUCUGAGUGAUGUUGAUUGUAUCACAUUUCAUCCUAAUUCACUAUAUAUGGCUACCGGAUCCAGUGAUCGAACGUGUAGACUUUGGGAUGUUCAACGUGGGAAUUGUGUAAGAGUGUUUCAUGGUCAUGAAGGGGCGGUGAAUUGUGUAAAGAUUAGUCCGGAUGGUAAACUGUUAGCGUCAGCAGGAGAAGAUCAAUCGAUUAAAAUAUGGGAUAUAGGAUCCUCAAGACUGAUGAAAACCAUGCGAGGACAUCAAUCGUCAAUUUAUUCCCUAGACUUUAAUGCAGAAUCGAAUUUGAUAGCCACAGGCUCAGCAGAUGAAAGUGUAAGGAUAUGGGAUGUAGAACGUUCUUCUACUAACCAACCACCCAAAAGACACAAUGGGAAUGGGAACGGAAGAGGAUUUGGAAAUGAUGAAGUCUUGCUUAAAGGCGAUUCGAAUUCUACUAUCAAGCUUUUGAAAAACGGGUUGUUUGGAUUACAGGAGUAUCAGAAUACACCGGAUUUGUUGUCUACUUUAGCUACAAGGAAAACUCCGGUUUUGAGUACUAAGUUUACAACUCGAAAUUUGUUAUUGGCUGUUGGUCCAAUGAUCAUUUGA